AUGCCGGAGGGCAAGGCGCCACAUUUCCCGCAGCAACCAGUGGCUCGACAAAAUGAUGAUGGCUCUCUUGAGCUGGAAUGCUUCCUCGAUGCUUCACCACAACCCGACAUCAAGUGGUUCUAUGACAACAAGGAGGUUAAGCAAGACUCACGCUUCCAGUUCAAACUAGACUCCAAAGGAAACGACUCGUACUCCGCCAUCCUCCAGAUUAAGGAUCUCGCUGAUAGUGAUGCAGGAGGCUACCGUUGUGCUAUCGUUAAUCCACAUGGAAAAGGAAAUGCCAACUUCAACUUGAAGCUCACGGGUUUCUCUUCCCCAACUUUCGUGGAGAAACCCCAGAUAUCAUCACGAGAUGACGGUCAGGUUAUGGUUAUGGAAUUCCGAGCCAAAUCGAUCUUGAAACCCACAUUUGUCUGGCACAAGGGAGAUGAAAUCGUGGCGCAGUCUGACCGUGUGAAUAUCGUUUUGAGGGAGGAGGCCAACCAAAUUUACUAUGCUGCAUUGGAAAUCAAGGAGCCGACGAAAGAGAAGGACGCUGGUCAGUUCAUUUGCACAGCCAAGAAUGACUCCGGAAAGCUCACUGCUACCUUUACAGUCAAAUUCGAAGUUCCUCAAGGAGCCCCGACGUUCACGCGAAAGCCGCAAAUCUUGCAGGUUACAUCUGAUUCAGGAGAUCCAGCCAUUGUCUUCGAUAUUGGAUACCAAGCCGAUCGCAAUCCUGAGGUAAUGUGGAUUAACCCGAAAGGAAAGAAAAUGAAGGAAUCUACCAGGAUCCGUUUCCUUACCUCACCCGAUGGGCCCAACAAUACCUUCACCGCUAAACUGGAACUCAAGAACUACAAAGCCAAGGAUUCUGGAACCUACACAUGUAACAUCAAGAAUGAAGCCGGUGAAGCUAAUGUGGAGCUUACUCUGAACAUUGAAGGGCCAAUGGAUGAUGGAGGUGACGAUGGAAGCGAAGCAUAA